UUUUUUUUAAUCUCAUAGCCCAUCAUGCCUUUUCUCAAACAAAAGUAGAUCACUUUAAACCAAAAAAGAACCACUUCCUUCACACAAAGUUCUCCGACUUUUUAGUUUAACCCCUUUUAUUCACUCACACUUCUUCUAUGAUAAAUAAACCUUAAUUAGCUUCUCCUUAUAUUUCACCAAAACUUCACCAUAUCUAUACACAUAACUUGAUCAUAGUCAACACACAAAAAUUCAUCAAUGGGGAACUUUUUCGCGGCGUGCGCCGUAGGAGGCGGCUCAACGUCGUCGAAGCAAGACGAGGUUUUACAAGUUAUGAAGGUUAAUGAUGGGAAGUUAUUAGAGUUUAGGGCUCCUAUUAAAGUGAAAGAUUUGUUGAAAAACUAUCCAAAUUUUUAUGUAGGCAUAUUUAAGGAGGCUACACAACCUUUACCUCUUGAAUACAAGUUGAAAAUUGGGAAGAUUUAUUACCUUCUUCCUUGUUUUAUUGCUACCAUUCCAAAUCCAAGAAAUGGAGUUGUAAGGAUCAAAAUGGUCAUAACAAAGAAGCAACUUCGACAACUCUUGUCGAAUCAUACGGUGAAAAUCGAUACAAUACUUUUGGAUAUUGGUAAGAAAUUGUGUAGUCCGAUUUCGAUGUCGUUGCCUCGUAUGCAAAAGCUACAUCCUAUUGGGGAAGAAAGUGAGUGACAAGUACUUCAAGUACUUAAAGAUCAAGAAGAGCAUGUAGAUAAUGAGGUAAUUUGUAGAUAAUGAAUCAUUAGAUCGAGCAUAUAUUUCAUAUCAAACAAAGAUAAUCUUCGUCUUUUGGGAUUAUCUUCUAGAUUUAGUAAAGAAAAGAGGGAAAUAAAACGGUUUUAGAGGGAUUUAAUCCUCAAAAUGCUUGUAAUCCUAUGAUUAUAUGUAUUGUACGGCUUAAUAAAUUGGCAAUUACGCACGCUUGUAAGUAAGUAAUCGCUAACUGCUGUACCCGGGUACAGCCAGCUCUGGCUGUACCCCCUAAAAACGACGCGCUCAUAUUGUUUGUUCA